CGUGCAGGAAUAAACGUGAUUAUACGGUACUAAGGCUGGGGUGGAGGGAGGGACAGCAAUACAGCGGCGCUGAUCGAGCAUCACUCAAAACCAAACCCUAGAGGAUCAUGGGAGGUGUGGCGGUGGACGAGGGCUCCGGUCGGGUGAAGGCCCCAGAUGGGGGCUGGGGCUGGGCGGUCCUGGUGGGCUGUUUCGUCAUCACAGGCUUCUCCUACGCCUUCCCUAAGGCGGUCAGCGUGUUCUUCAAAGAGCUCAUCAGGGAGUUUGGAGUGGGCUACAGUGACACAGCUUGGAUCUCCUCUAUUCUGCUGGCCAUGCUCUAUGGCACAGGUCCCCUGUGCAGCGUGCUGGUGAACCGUUACGGGUGUCGGCCUGUUAUGAUGGUGGGGGGCCUGUUUGCCUCCCUGGGCAUGAUCCUGGCGUCCUUUGCAACCAGCAUCAUCCACAUUUACCUGUGCACUGGAGUCAUCACAGGCCUUGGUCUGGCGUUGAACUUCCAGCCCUCCCUGAUCAUGCUGAACCGCUACUUCAGCGAGAAGCGUCCCCUGGCCAACGGGCUGUCGGCGGCGGGCAGCCCCGUGGCGCUCUGCUGCCUCUCCCCCCUGGGCCAGGUGCUGCAGUUCCAGUACGGCUGGAGGGGGGGCUUCCUCAUCCUGGGGGGGCUUCUGCUCAACUGCUGUGUCUGCGGGGCCCUCAUGAGGCCCCUGCUGGCCCCCAAGGGCCCCGCGAUCGCGGACGAGGAGAAGAAGGAGGAGGCAGACGGCGAGGAGGACGGAGAGGAGGCGGGGAAAGGCAAGUCGAAGGCCAAGGCCAAGCUGCUGGACUUCUCCGUGUUCAAGGACCGCGGGUUCCUCAUCUACACCAUCUCGGCCUCAAUCAUGGUCCUGGGGCUGUUUGUGCCUCCCGUGUUCGUGGUGAGCUACGCCAAGGAGAUGGGGAACGAGGACACCAAGUCGGCCCUGCUGCUCAGCAUCCUGGGCUUCAUUGACAUCUUCGCUCGGCCCACGUGCGGCGUGAUCGCGGGGCUCAAGUGGGUUCGCCCGCGCUGCGUCUACCUCUUCAGCUUCGCCAUGCUCUUCAACGGCACCACGGACCUCAUCGGAUCCCAGGCUAACGACUAUGCUUCCCUGGUGGUCUUCUGUGUGUUCUUCGGCAUCUCUUACGGGAUGGUGGGGGCUCUCCAGUUUGAGGUUCUCAUGGCGAUCGUCGGCACGGAGAAGUUCUCCAGUGCCAUCGGAUUGGUUCUUCUGAUGGAAGCCAUGGCUGUGCUCGUCGGUCCUCCUGGAGCCGGUCGGCUCCUGGACGCCACCAAGAACUACAUGUACGUGUUCUUGCUGGCAGGAAGUGAGGUGGUCCUCUCGGCUGUGGUGCUCGCUACGUGUAACUUCCUGUUUAUUAAGACAAAGUCGUCAGAGCCGGGGGCGGAACUGGAGAACGGUCCGGUGGCCAAGGAGAUGGAGCAACUGAACAAGCCGCCCCUGGACGGAGUGGAGGAGAAGGGCGAAAAGGAGGAGAGAGAGAAAACAGAGGUGACGGAGAUCAAAGAGAAGGAGGACACCGAAAACGAGAAGGACAAGGCGGAGAUCAGACCAGACAGCGUAACGGUAGACUCUGAAGAGGUGGAGAAGUUCCUGAAAGAGCCGGAACAUAACGGCAGCGUGCUCUCCAGCCCAGAAACCUGCCUGUGAAGGGGAAAGCGAGCUUAGAGACGCAAACCUGUAAACCAGUGAAAGGCAGUCGGAAGCUCUGUUUGGAAGACGUGACCUGCGAAGCCCCUAGAGGUCGUCAGAGCUGUCCCCACCCCCCAGUUUUUAUUUGCGGUGUCGUACGUUGUGUUUGUUGUUUGUGGGGCUGUGCCAUGGCAAGACCCUCCAAUGACACAGACAUGCAAACCCCUAGGCAAAAUAGUAUUUUGAGUAAUACUCUAACCAGCAUUGCCACGUGAAAUAUGGGCCAACUGUCGGUGUGGCUGAUGUGUCAAAUUCCAGCACAGUAUAUAACGGAUUUGUGGGGAUUUGUGUUACCUCAGUACAACACACUCUAGACCAACCAAUUUGACUGUAGAUCUUGAGAGAAGUUUCUAGAAUCAACUGUUAGAGGAAAAAGGAAAGGCAGAACGGAGAGUACUAAUUUGUGACCGGUGCAGAACUUGCCGAUGUUCAAAGUUUAAACAAAGAUUUGAUUGCGUUUGAUAUCAAAUGGAUAUUGAUAUUAAAGUGAAUUACACUUCAAACACAUAUGGAUUUGGAAGCCAGCGAACACGGAAGAGAGUUUGCCAGACUGUUACUGUUCCUUUCCUCAACGGCACAGCCUCACUGUUAGUCGAGCAUUCACAUUACCUGCUUUAGUGUUUGAGUCACCAUCAAAUAUAACCUAACUUGUGGCAGGGACGUCACUGUUUUCGUCCUUCGACAAUUAUUAGUGUGCUGUGUGUAUGUAAAUAAGGUUGGUUGAAUUGGUGAGAUUGAAGGUGAGAGGGAGGAAGCUAAGUGGAAGCAAAUGAAUUGAUGCUAGGUUGCGUUAACUAGAGCUAACGCUUUGCUCCUAGAUCCGAAUACAAGCUUUACGUGUAAUUGUGUCUGUAUUGUGUGUGUAUCGGAAGGAAAAAUAAACAGUGAGAGAGAGACAGAGAGAUGAAAAUCAAGAGAGAGAUGCAGAGACAGGCAACAUUCUUUCAAAGAAAUGUUUGUGUUUCGGUCUGGUCUUGACAGACGGCAGUUGACAUUAUUGUCGCUUACAAUACGUUUCAGAGAACUAGCAGACUGGCCUUUAAGAGACAACUUCAACGCCAAUAUCAAAUCAAGACAGAGAUUGCUGGAUAUGUGACAUUUCAUCAUCAUUUUUCUGUAGAGUGUAUUACACAUUUGCUUUCCAUAUUCAUAUGUAUGUAUGGGUAUAUGGAAUAACGUAUUACUCCCAAAAUGAGUUGUAUUUAUUUGCUUUAAUGACAAUGUUAACAGAUUAUUUUAAAACUUGAAUUUAGACAGUGCUGCUACAGUAUGCAGGAUAGCGUUACUAAGGUGACGUGGGCAUUAUUUGUUUUUGUGAUAUCCGUUGGCAGCUAAACUGAAAAACAAAACAAAGAACCUCAAGUUGUUACAGUUAAAUGACGCCUCUAUCAUUUAGUUUAUUACAUAAUAAUGAAACUGUCCCACUGUCAGGGUUAGGGGUUAGACAUCCAGACCCCUGUCAGGGGCUGGAGCCUGAAUUCUAUGAGUUAUUCAAAACAUGUCAUUCGUACAGUAUUACAAGUUUCUCAGUUUGAUGGGUGUUUCUAAAAGGAAAAACAAUGAGUAGAAAUGAUGACUUAACUUUAAAAUAGUCAGAGAUAACAUCACAUAUGUAAUUUUUUAAGGACUAACAUCUAUACCAAAAUUGGUAUGAAUAACGACCAGACCUACUGAAGUUUUCAGCUCAUGAAUCAUUCUUGAAAAUCCAAUUGGUUCUUCAAUGAGAAGGCUAAUGAGUGUUUUUAAAACACUUCAAACCCCCUCAAGUCGGGCACUGUAACAGCUGAGCUUCUUGUUUUACGCACACUCCGAUGCAGGCCCAUUCAUUUUGGGAACCAGUUUGUGAUGUAGAGACGCCCCGACAUUCGGAAAGACUACAUUUCCCAUGAUUCCACAACCAGAAAUUAAACAUCCAUGUGGCGUCCUAACUCAUCAGACAAAGUUUGCAGUGUUAAUACAUGUUUGUAUACAAAUGUAUUUCGAAAAUGCCAAUUGUUAUUCCCAAUCAUCCUAUUGGUUCUUUCAUUGACAUUUCACUCCACCAAACACAUACCUGGAGACUCCUACAUCUCGUCUCUGCUCUGGCGUCUCUGUCUGGUGAUGUCUGGUUCAAGUGACCAAUAAUUAUAGAUUGAUGAAGAAAUAAAUGUGUUUUCUUUCAACUUG